AUGAAGUCCGAAUCGAUACGGCACCUCGCCAGGGCCGCCGUCCACCACCACCGCUCCCCGCGACUCCACCUCCCAGCCGGCCUCUCCCCCCCUUCCUCCCGCGCGUACUCGACCCACCCACCCAACGCAAAGCUCAACCUCCCCAUCGACUACGCCACGACGCCCCUCCUCGCGCACACCCCGCAAGCCGCCCUCGCGACGACGGACCUGCCCGCCCCGGCCCGCGGCGGCGCCACGCGCAAGAUGAACUUUUUCCAAGCCGUCAACGACGCCCUCGCCACCGCCCUCGCCACCGACGAGACCGUGCUCGUCUUUGGCGAGGACGUGGCCUUUGGCGGCGUCUUCCGCUGCUCCAUGAACCUCGCCGAGUCCUACGGCGCCCAGCGGGUCUUCAACACCCCGCUUACCGAGCAAGGCAUCAUCGGCUUCGCCAUUGGCGCCGCCGCCGAGGGCAUGCGCCCCGUCGCCGAGAUCCAGUUCGCCGACUACGUCUACCCGGCCUUUGACCAGCUCGUCAACGAGGCCGCAAAGAUGCGCUACCGCGAGGGCCGCACCGGCCGCAGCGCCGGCGGUCUCACCGUCCGCAUGCCUUGCGGCGGCGCCAAGGGCCUCCUCCUCGCCGCCAUCCGCAGCAACGAUCCUUGCAUCUUCAUGGAACCCAAGAUCCUUUACCGCGCCGCCGUCGAGCAGGUCCCCGCCGAGGACUACGAGCUGCCCCUCUCCAAGGCCGAGGUCCUCCGCCCCGGUGAGCACGUCACCCUCAUCUCCUACGGCCAGCCCCUCUACGCCUGCGCCGCCGCCAUCGAGCGCGCCGAGCGCGACUUUGGCGUCUCUGUUGAGCUCAUCGACCUCCGCACCAUCUAUCCCUGGGACAAGGAUACCGUCUUCGACAGCGUCCGCAAGACGGGUCGCUGCGUCGUCGUCCAUGAGGCCAUGGUCAACGCUGGUGUCGGUGCCGAGGUUGCCGCCGCCAUCCAGGAGGACCCCUCCACUUUUGUCCGGCUCGAGGCUCCGGUCACCAGGAUCGCCGGCUGGAGUAUUCCCACGCCUCUGAUGUACGAAAAGUUCAACUUUCCCGAUGUUACAAGGAUAUAUGACGGUAUUCGUAGAGUCAUGGAGUAUUGA